AUGGGGGCCCAGGGGGCUGAUUCCGACAUUCUUCUUCCCCUCCCCAGGAUUUUUGUCAAUUGCAGGUUGGUGCUGGGGAAGAUUCGCUGCUUUGGCUUUGACAUGGACUACACCCUGGCUGGUAGGGAGGGAGGGAGCAGGGUAUUUGGGGCUCGGGGAGCAGGGGGUAGGCACCAGCUGGCCUGGUUCUGCGUGGUUCCCACAGCCUACAAGUCCCCAGCCUAUGAGGCACUGGUCUUUGAGUUACUACUGGAGCGUCUGGUGUGCAUUGGGUACCCGCGUGAUAUCCUGCGCUACACCUAUGACCCCGCCUUCCCCACUCGGGGGCUGGUGUUUGAUGUGCUCUAUGGGAACCUGCUGAAGGUGGACACCCAUGGGAACGUGCGGCUGGGCACCCAUGGCUUCACCUUCCUCUCGGAGGCAGAGAUCUGGAGCUUCUACCCCAGCAAGUUCGUUCAGAGGGACAACCUGCAGAGGUUCCACAUCCUCAACACGCUCUUCAACCUGCCUGAAAUCUACCUGUGUGCCUGCCUGGUGGACUUCUUCUCUGGCUGCUCCCGCUACACCAACUGUGACACUGGCUAUCAGCAUGGGAACCUCUUCAUGUCCUUCCGAAGCCUCUUCCAGGACGUGAGUGAUGCCAUGGAUAAUGUCCACCAGUCGGGCUGUCUGAAGGAGAAGACCCUGGAAGACUUGGACAAAUACGUGGAGAAGGAUGUGCGAAUCCCCAUCCUGCUGGGUAAGAUGAAGGAAGUUGGGAAAGUAUUUCUGGCUAUAAACAGCAGCUACAACUACACGGAUGCCAUCAUGACCUACCUGUUUGGCAUUAGUGAGGCUGAAGGCUCAGCCAGGCCCUGGAGGUCCUACUUCGACCUGAUUGUGGUGGACACACAGAAACCCUGCUUCUUUGCUGAGGGGACGGUGCUGAGACAGGUCAACAGGGAUUCAGGCAAGCUCCGCGUGGGCACCUGCAUGGGGCCCCACCAGCACUGUGUAGUUUCCUCUGGAGGCUCUUCGGACACGGUGUGUGAGCUGCUCGGGGUACGGGGGAAGGAUAUCCUGUACAUUGGGGAUCACAUCUUUGGGGACAUCCUCAAGUCCAAGAAGUAGCAGGACUGGCGAACUUGCCUGGUGGUUCCUGAGCUGUUCCGGGAGCUUGGCAUCUGGGACCAAGAGAAGGGUGAGCUGUGUGUGGGGGGGCUUCAGGACCAGGUGGGGGGGCACCGGCCCCCAGUGCAGAGGCCUGCCCCUUCAUCAUCUUGUCCUCUUCCCUGUUGGGGGUUAGUAGUAACUGUGAUAAUAUUGUCCACUCUGUGGUUUAUGAGAGUGGAUCUACUUUACACAGAGGAAACAGAGAUCCAGAGAGAUCCUUCCUCCUUACCCACUCAGCACGAACUCAGGAUGCCUGCCCUCUCACACAGGUGUGCACACCCAGCCCAGCAACUCCACCGGGUGCCUGUGGAGUGUCCUCUGACCUCCAUGGGGUCUAGCGAGGUUGUGCCUGGAGCUUGGAGGCACUGUUCCUUUUCUCCUGGGUCAUGUGGCUGUUUUUGCACCAGGCACAUGGAUGGGAGCAGUUAUGGGCUGCAAGUUAUCAACUCCACCAAGAGGGAGAUUCAGGUUCCUGAGCCCAGUUACAGGAUUUUCCACAACCCCUGCAGAGCUCCACUUGUCCUUGUCUGCCAGCGCCCUCUGCUGGUCUAUUCUCCAAAUGACAGCACCGUGCGGCUGCAGGAGGACUGAGUUCAGG